GCUGGUGUGUGCUCUUCCCCCCUUGCGCUCCCUUCGCCAAACACAGCAGCCUCCCCCCCCCACUGUUUCCGGUUUUAAGACUCGAUGUCCGAUUGUGUAACGCGCGCCCACACGCGUACGUCGCUCGGAAAUGCCCGACUGAUAACAGAGGGCCAAAUCGCAGCGUUGCGUGUGGUUUGGAAGCCUUUGCCAGUGGAAGUUGUUGAGAGUUAUAUAAACCACUUGGUUCCCCUUUGAGAUCUGUUUCUCUGUUUUUUGCAGCUUCCCCUUUCCCCUUUCCUUCAUCAUGACUACAGGAAUGACUAGAGAAGCACAAAUCCUCACGGAAGACGAGUUCACAUCGCAGGUGGUGUCGCAGUACACCGACGUUAUCGGAGAGAAGGUUGGAGGGUCCAUCAUCAGUUUUAGCGAUGAGUGGUUUGCGCGGGCUGAGAACCUGAUCAAGCCAAAGGCGCCUAUUCGAGAUGCUACAAGGUUCACGUUCGCCGGUGCCUGGUACGAUGGGUGGGAAACGAGAAGACACAACACGGAGGAGGCGGACUGGGUCAUCUUCAAGUUUGGAGUUUCCAGUGCCAAGUUGAUCGGCUGUGAGGUUGAUACCGCUUUCUUCAACGGUAACCAUGCUCCAGCUAUCAGCGUUGAGGCUGUGAAGUUGGACACAGAUAACGUCCAGGAUUGGUCGGAGGUUCCGUGGGAACAAGUGGUUGAGAAGAUCGAAUGCGGUCCUUCUCAAAGGCAUUUCUUCAAGAACACCGCGUUGACAAAGGGUGAAUAUACACACGCAAGACUUAAGAUGUACCCGGACGGUGGUAUUGCAAGAUUCAGGCUGUACGGUGAAGUUGUGCCAAACUUGUCAACCAUCACUGCUCAAAGCCUCGUCGAUUUUGCCUCCGUCGGUUACGGUGGAUUGGCUGUCAGUUGGUCUGAUCAACACUUUGGAACCGUGGAUAACCUCCUGUUGCCAGGCCGUGGUGUUGACAUGAGUGAUGGAUGGGAAACAAAGAGAUCGAGAACCCCAGGCCACGUUGACUGGGUCAUCAUUAAGCUCGGCUCAAAGACAAGCAUCAAGGAGAUCGUUGUCGAUACUGCCCAUUUCAGAGGCAACUUCCCACAGAAGAUUACACUCCAUGGAUUAAGCACAGAGGAAAAGAUUCCUUCCAAUGACAACUCCAACUGGAUACCAUUGGUUGAACCUACAAAGACAGAAGCUGAUAAGCAACACUUCUUCAAGGAGUUCGUCAACCCAGGUGACUACACUCACGUCCGUCUAACGAUUAUCCCAGACGGUGGUGUGAAGAGGGUCCGUGUCUUUGGAACACUGGCAUAAACGCACAUCGAUUACUAUUUGACAUCUCUACUUGAAUAUGAAUAUCACACUAAUCUCUUGAUGAUGA